AUGCAGCAGCUACUAUACCGAUCCUCGUUCUUCCGCAUGACAUACCCUAGUUUCUGCAUGCCUGUCUGCAACCGUCCACCAACGCGAUCUGCUAGACGCGCGGGAUCCGAUUCAGCGGCUUGGACUGAUUCAACUAGGUCCGCUAAAUCCUCAGCUAGUGUCGCGAGCGCGUGUUCGAGGUCCGAUCGCGCGGAGGCGAGUUCUGGGGAUGUGGUGCUGCUUGUUAGGCUGCGGAUUCGUAGGCCAACGAAACCCCUUCCAUACCCAGAUUCUUGGGAGAGUCCUGAUGCAUACAUCGAGCAGCUCCUCGAGUUUGUGACUACAUCGGAUACCUUCCAAAUAUUAUGCGGAGGCGUGCAUAUUCUGGAUUUCUUCACAAAUGAACCCGGACUUUUUCAGUCGGUUGUACCGCAUGACUGGCAACCAUACCUCCUAGGAUGUGAGCCUAUCAAAUUUCUAGAUCUCCUAAUGAGGGAUAAUCUAGACAAUCUUCCGGAUCCCCAACCGCCAGAAAGUUUGGCUAAGUAUAUCAAGGAUAUAAGACGGUUCUCCCUCGCACGAUCCUUUACUCCAAAGAAAGAGAAACUUCCAAAAUUGACGCGCAUGGUAUCCGUUGGAAUGAAACCGAAGAAAAUUCACGAAGUGAGUAACUUCGCAAGUUACGUGGACUCACUCGCCAGUGAUAUUGCUACCGAUUAUCACAAACAGAUUACCCAUUUUGUGGACUUUGGAAGUGGUCAAAAUUACCUGGGAAGAGCAUUAGCAAGCUCUCCUUAUAACAAACAAAUUGUAGCUGUCGAGGGUAGAGAACACAAUAUUGUCGGUGCAAAAGAACUCGACAUCCACGCAGGUGUUGCAGAAAAGCCCAAAAUCAUACGGAACAAGAAACUAUGGAUGCAAAAGCUCGACAGUAUGAUCCCCGAAGAUCAACUAGACGAAAAGGCUUUAAAAAGGGCGGCAAAUCCUGUUAAAAUCUCAAGUGAGUAUGUGGCUGAUCUCAGACCCCCAGCCGAAUUUGAAGCCAUCUACACCCCCGAAGAAGGCAAAGGUUUCAUACGUUAUAUAGAAGGGAGGUUAGAGUCAGGAGACUUGUCGGAUGUGAUUAGUCAAUUAGAAAGAGACCCUCUGGCUGAAGAGGAAGGACGAGGCGACCCAAGUUUGAUGGCCAUCUCUAUUCAUUCUUGCGGGAACUUAUCGCACCAUGGCAUACGGUCUUUAGUGUUGAACCCGCGAGUUCAAGCUAUUGCCAUUGUCGGUUGCUGUUACAAUUUGAUGACAGAAAAGUUGGGCCCUCCGACAUAUAAACUUCCGUAUAUGCGACCAAGUCUGCAGGCACUCAAUGGUCGCGUGGUCAGAGAAUCUGAGAGGCGCGACCCACAAGGAUUCCCGAUGAGCGAUCACCUUUGCAGUUACAACGGCAUGGGUGUGCGACUCAAUAUUACGGCUCGGAUGAUGGCAUGCCAAGCUCCGCAAAACUGGACCGAAGCCGAGAGUGAUACCUUCUUUACUCGACAUUUUUAUCGCGCCGUACUACAAAAGAUGUUUCUCGACAAGGGCGUCAUCACCAAGGUUCACCAUAACGGCGACACUGCAGAUAGCGACGAUUCAUCCCAAAGCCCGUUCAACGUCAGCACCAACCCGGUGAUUAUCGGUUCUCUCCGGAAAUCAUGCUAUAAGUCAUUCGGCUCAUAUGUGAGAGGUGCGAUCAGUAAGCUGACCACUAAUUCGGAAUAUCACGAGUAUUGCGACAUAGUAAGAGAGAAAAUGAGUGACGUCACGGACGAGGAAAUUGCAAGAUAUGAAGAAAUUUACGGACCACGGAAGCGAGAACUCAGCGCUAUCUGGAGUCUCAUGGCUUUCAGCGCCAUCGUCACCGAAUCCCUGAUAGUGACCGACAGAUGGCUAUUUCUCCGACAGCAUUCCGAGCUAGUCCAAGAUUGCUGGGUGGAGACAGUAUUCGACUAUCAUGAAAGCCCUCGAAACCUGGUCGUAGUAGGCGUUAAACGCCCGAUCCCUUAA